UUGUAUAAGAUCAGCAAAAUAUUUUGUAGGGUUGGAGAUUUAAUUUUAGAAUAAAUAAACAUUAAAAUAAAACAUUAUGUCUUUUAACGAAGGCACUACAGAUCAUGGUGAACUGAAGCCUCCUAAAGGGAGUAAUUACUUAAAAUUGCACCAAUCACAAGUUAUACAUAAUAGUAUUCAUGGAAUUUCAAUGUUAUUAAAUACUGGACUGAAUGAGGAAAGCCUUGAUAUAUGUGUAAAAUUAAUAGAAGCAGGUGUGCAUCCUCAAGCAUUGGCUGAAGUAAUUUGCCAGAUAAGACGUGAAGUUUCUUUGCUAAAUACGUCUUCUUGAUGUCCUUAAAACAUACAUAAACACGCUUAGAUUUAAGAACAGUUUUUAAAAAUAAAGGCGCUAUUAACAAUUAUCGCA